GUGAAACUCGAUGCCGCAUCCAUACAAGAUAAUCAGGAUGUUACAGUACAUACACAAUGCUGACACGUUAAAAAAGAGCCCAAAGCGGUCACCGUACGUAGAGGGAAAGUAUGUAGCGCGUUAUGUCAUUAAAUAUUCGUUAUCCUGGUAGCACACACGAAGAGCCUUUGCAAAGAGAUACAGUACACGGAUUGCAUAAUAAAAUUAAUGAAAGGAGACGAAGAGAUGCGGAAACCCGGCAACAGGGGAAUACCUAUGUGAAAAUGCGUCGGUGGGGUAUGAGAUAUGCAUCGUGGGCAAAUUAUGGCCAGCAGUCAAGGAGCCGAACGGCCAUCAUAUCUGGCAAAAUAAUAAGACAAGGGAAUUGCAGGCAUGAGUGUCGAGGUAUCGUUUCCUCAGUGAAGGAGUGUAAUGUGCAUGGAAUGCAGUCAAUUACAGCUCGGGAUGUUCUUUUCAGGUUGUAUUAUUUCGACUAGGCUUUCCAUGUCUUUGUGUGGCAUGGCUGCAGGCUUCUGCAUUUUGUUCAGUGAUUUGUCCUCUGCCACGGCAUGUGUUUUUGGUUUUGAUAAAUGUCUUCCCUCGCGAGGCAGAGCGGAACUUGAUCUCGCCUGCUUCCUCCUCUCCUCUGGUACAAGUGUGAGGCCUGGUAUGCUCGGACGAGGCUUCCCGAAACUUCCGCUGAAUGUGAAAAGCUCGGUAAGGCUGAGGUCUGUCUGAUUACGGCGCGAUGGGAACGGGGAAACCCCUGAUUGUGGCGACAGGCUAGAUGGCGUGGAGAUGGAUGGGGAGUCGGAUACUGAUUGGGCAGACGGAGAGAUUGAGCGAGCAGAUGCAGACUCGUCGAGCCACUGUUGUACGUGAGAUGUGGGUGGAGCCUGUCUUGGAGGGCGAGAAGAGAAGUAAUCCGAGGUGGGUGAAGAUGCGUUUGACUCUGCAGAUUUGUGUGGCGCGUGCGGCGACAAGGACGGGGAAAUGCUGAGUGGAACAAAACCCUUUAUGUCUGUCAGAAUUGCGCGCUUCACAUCUGUCGCACCGUUUGCGUGUAUGGACCUGAGUGUCGGGCUGAGUUUCGCUUGGUGGAUAGGGGGUUUGGCGGCAUAUCUGGAGGAUGUGAAUACGAAGGAUUCUGACGGAGAGGAUGGCACGGGCUCGGCGGUACUUUCCUGGGCGUGGUUGGGAGCGGCGUGCUCAAUAUUCAUGACAGCGAGCACAUUGUGAUGGGCGUUGGGACGAACCCUGCGACCGCCGCCGCCAACCAACUCACACCCGAGCUUGCAAUCCACGAUCCGACCGUUCUCCUUUGCCGAGGCGGCAAAGCGUUAUCUACGUAAUCUCUCUACUUAAAGUACCACACAAGCGCCUUAUCCUGCCCUUCUCCAGCCCGUCGCCAGCCCCCCUUGCUCUUUCCCAGCGCCCACCCCUGCUCACCGUCGACUAUGGCUGCCGUUGCAGAAAUCCCCGUCCCCAAGUCGAACACGACAAUCAAAGUGUCGACCGGUCUUUUCAUCAAUAACGAAUUUGUUCCAUCUGAAGACCCGAACAGCAAGAUCGAGGUUGUGAACCCCCAUACCGAGCAAGUUCUUUGUUCCAUCGCUGCGGCGACGGCCAAGGACGUCGACCGGGCCGUUGCCGCUGCCCGAAAAGCGUUUCGCACAACCUGGGGAAAGAAUGUCACGGGUUUCGAGCGUUCGAGGCUCCUUAACAAGCUGGCUGACCUCAUUGAGCGGGACCAACAAGUCCUCGCUGAGCUCGAAACUCUCAACAAUGGCAAGCCCGUCAAAAUAGCCCGGGAUUUCGAUAUCGGCGACAGUGUUGGAUGCCUCCGCUACUAUGCCGGUUGGGCCGACAAAGUCGUGGGCCAGUCCAUUGAAGUGAACCGCUCCACGAAGCUCGCCAUAACUCAUCCAGAUCCCAUCGGUGUCUGUGGCCAGAUUAUCCCAUGGAAUUACCCUAUUAUGAUGUGGGCAUGGAAGGUAGCUCCUGCACUUGCAGUGGGAUGCACCAUCGUCAUGAAACCUUCCGAACUUACUCCGCUUACUGCCCUCAAACUUUCAGAACUCGUCGUAGAAGCAGGUUUCCCCCCAGGCGUUAUUAACACCAUCCCCUCCUUCGGCUCUGUCGGUGGUCAGGCGCUUGCUGAGCAUCACGAUGUCGAUAAAGUUGCGUUCACAGGCUCAACCGUAACUGGACGCAGGAUCAUGGAAGCUGCGGCGAAGAGCAACAUAAAGAAGGUUUCUCUGGAACUGGGCGGAAAAUCUCCACAUCUGAUUUUCGAAUCGGCCGACUUGGAUCAAGCGGCGAACUGGGCUUGCCUGGGCAUCCUGUAUAAUACCGGCCAGGAUUGCACGGCCGGCUCUCGCGUGUACGUCCAGGAUACUGUCUACGACAAGUUCGUCAACAUUUUGGUCGCCAAGGCGGAGCAACUCAAAGUCGGCGAUGGUUUCGACGACGAAAAUGGCGGCGGUCCGGUUGUUUCCAAGACCCAAUACGAUCGGGUGUGGAGCUAUAUCGAGGCGGGGAAGAAGGAGGGAGCGACGGUGCUUACUGGUGGCAAGAAACGCUCGACGACGGGCUUCUACGUUGACCCAACCAUCUUCGCGGAUAUCAAGCCUAACAUGAAGAUUGUGCGAGAAGAGAUUUUCGGCCCUGUCCUCGUUGUGGGCAAGUUCAGUACGGAGGACGAGGCAAUCACCCUUGCAAAUGACACGGUGUAUGGCCUCGGAGCCGGUCUUCAUUCAACCGAUCAAGCACAGUGUUUCCGCGUGUCUAAUGCGCUGGAGGCGGGCACGGUGUGGGUCAAUCAGUACAACGUAUUGUACAACAACGUGCCGUUUGGUGGCAAGAAGCAGAGUGGAAUUGGUCGCGAGCUAGGCAUGCAUGCGCUCGAGGAGUACAUCAGUACAAAGGCUGUGCACUUCAAUUAUGGCGAAAAGCUUGAUUGGCCUCUGUAACAUCUGAGACUCCCGAUCUCACCAUGACUCGGAUCCCUCAUCCGCCUCCGAACCGACCGUACCGUGCACCGGACACGACUACCGACACAAGUUGAAGAUGAUGACGUUACCCCUAGCGUGGAGACAUGAAAGAAGUUACUACCUUAUUGUUGUAUGAACGGAAGAAACCGUAGACAGUGCGUAUGGACAGGAUCAAGUAUAGUGUAAAGGUACGAGAAAAUUUGACGAUGCCCGAGGAAGGAAGUGUUUGUUCAGCUGUAAUUCGGAAUACUUAUUCAUGAUGCAUUCG